CAUUUGAGCAAAAUCUUUGUGUGUUUUACAGAAUGGGCCUGACACGGAAUUGAUGUGAUGUGAAUUAUGUGAUGUGUAGUUUUUUGGAACCACUGUUGAAAUAUACAUCAAAUAUAGCUGCAAUGUGAUCAAUAAACAAAUGGAUUUGUUGAAAUUUUGCUCAGCCUGAGGUUUGUAGACCGCACAAAAUGGCAUCAUGUUACAGCUUGUUAGAAAUGAUUUGGAAUACCUGAAGGAGAAAAUUAGUGCACUUUCCAAUAAAAACAAGAGGCUAGCUUCAAGUAAAAUACAGGAUUUAGCUGCCAGUACAAGACAUUUGAAACAUGUUUACCACUUGAAGGUGAAAAUAGCUGUGUAAGCAAAUGGGGAACAAGUUGUGUGCACCUUUAUUGUCAAAGAAGGCUAAUCAUCCACAACAUAGUCAGCCAUGGCAUACACGCAAAGACUCAAAUCUUCUCAGACUGUGGGCGGAGAUAUUUCAUGUGGUUGGGCAUGGAGACUAUAUGCAGUGGAAGCGUGUGUCUGACGAUGUGGUACCAAUCAACAUUACCUGUGUGGAGGACUCUCCAAAAACUAUCUACCAGGUUACAGCCUACAACAGACAUGUUGAAAAGAUCUUUGACAUUAAAAUUGUCCAGCCAGGAACAAUCCUCUGCCCAGCUACCGACUGUUUUGUGCACUGGCGAGACACACCAAACAACAGUGAGUGGGGUCUCAACUUCACAACAUCUCAAGAUGCAAAAAGAUUCCGAGAUAGCUGUUCGUUCACAAGUCAGAAGUAUGCAAGAAAAGCUUCCUCCGCAAACUCAUUGAGACUCAGCCCUCCAAAGAGUAAAGGCCAGCCAAGUGUUUCUUCACCAAACUCUCCAAUACACGACCCUCGACGAGUGAUCUCCAGUCCAUAUGAUCUGAAUCAGGUUGAACCAUGUGAGUGUAUUACACCAUCCACGGAAAGGGAAGCCUUUUCAAGGGAUAAUAAAGCUGCUACCAUACCAAGAACACAGAAUGAGUCAGGGGCAGAUAAUCAAAAAUUUCAACCACGUGGAAUACUAAAACCAUCUUCCGGUUCCUCUGGACCUGUGUAUGAGACUAUAAACCAUUGUAGACAAUCAGUAGAUAAUUUAGAACAGGGCGGCCAUGUUUAUCAAGGCCCCAGAUCCGCAUCUGCUGGUCCCCUGACUUAUGGUGAAAGUCAAGCACAAUCUGGGACAAAGCAGGGUCCCCUUUCCUCAUUUGGAAAAUCACCCUCAAGAACUUGUGAAAAUAUACGUGUUGAAACAGCUUUUGUAGGAAAGUUUGAUAGUUCCUGUGAUUUAGACCAAAAUUAUGGCAGAAAAAGUGUUACUAUAGCAACAAAACAUGAAGAAAUAGAACAAGAUCCGCAGACUCCUGUGGAUAAUGAAAAUCAAAGUGUUGUUGUGCAUAAGGAUUGUAUUCGUAUUUUGGCUCCUCAACCACAAAAAUUGACAUCUGAUUCACAUAAUUCUGAGUCACCAGAAUGGCCUUCGCCGCCUGAACCCUUGACCCCGCAAACUCCACAGACGCCUACUUAUAAUUUAGAAUUUGACAGUGACUCUAUCAAAAGAAUGUUAGAAAAUCUGCCUAUGUCUCCAGAAACUGACUCAAUGACUGGAAGUGUACACGAACAUGAUCAAGGUUUCCAUGAAGACCCAACGUGUACGGGCUUAAAGAAACAAAACCAGAAUUGCAGUGACAAUAAAGGGGAGACAACUGGUGCAGAAUGCAGUACAACAAAAUGUGAUAACAGACCUAGUCAGCUAGGCAGUCCGCAGCUACUGGACUGUGAGAUUGCUAAAAGACAGUGUGCACGUGAUAGUUUUGGUAGAGAUUCAAACCCGGACAGUGGGAUAGGAGGUAUCAGUGAUGUGGCUGUUUCCCUGUCUUCUGGAGAAAGUGCUCAUAUGCAAGCUACAGGACUAGAUGUCACUAGACAAGACUUAAAAGGUGGUGGUUCAACGGGAACCAGUAGUCAUGAUGGAAGCAGUUCUUGUAGUCAUCUUAGUCAGAGUGACCUCAUCAGUCAGUUAACAGAGGGACAGUUCAUGUCUGCUGAGAUAUCGGAUGAUGAGGCAGGAAGUGAUGACAGUAUACAUACAGUCACUGAAGCCGAGAGUCAGUUCUCUUAUGCAAAACAGCAGGGUGCUAUACGAAAAGCAGGCUGGUUGGUGGUGAAGAACUGGUUGGUUCAAAAGAAGAAGAAGUUGGAGUUAGCCCCUCGUCGGACCUGGAAGAGAUACUGGGUGUGCUUAAAGGGAACAGUUCUGCUGUUUUACGAUGGGGACAUUGAUAAUGUUACUGUAGAAGAAACAGUACCCAGGCAUAUACUUGUUAUAGAAGGUGGAAUAUCACAGGCUGUUCCUGAACACCCAAAACGUGACAACAUAUUCUCACUUAGCACAGCGUUUGGUGAUGCUUACCUCUUUCAGGCCUCUAGUCAGACAGAAUUAGAUUCAUGGGUUUGUGCAAUACAUUCAGCGUGUGCUGGUUCAUACGCUAGGCAACAUGGCAAGGACAACAUCGUACGACUACUGAGAUCUGAGCUGCAUAAACUAGAAACAAAUAUUGAUAUUGAUGUCAAGAUGCGAAAAAUGGCAGAGUUGCAGUUGACUGUGGUAUCUGACCCACGGAGUCGACAGGCCAUAAUCAAGCAGAUACGACAGUGGGAGGAGAAUAUUGAGAAAUUAUACAUAGAGCAAUAUCGUCUACGUUGUUACUCUGCCUCAAUACAAGGGUCGGAACUCCCUAACCCAAAGGUGUUGCUUUCAAAUAUUUCCAAAGCUUCAAAAGUUACGUUGAGCAGACUUGGAAUUUUCACAGUAUCAUCAUUUCAUGCCCUUGUGUGUGCCAGAAAACCAUUGGUCAUGCCCAGUUUGUAUGGAAAGGGACACCAGAAAGGUGGACUCCUGUCUCCUAAAGGAGACGGUAUGUUUAAAUACCACAGCAAGAGCAUGAAUGCAGCACCUUCUUCACAUCUAUGUUACAGAUCAGUAUACAAGGCUGCUGAGAUAGAUGAAGUUGUAGGGGAUAUGAUGGCUAAGGAUGGCAGGCAGUCUCCAUCAGGCUCUACUGGAUCUAGCGAAAUUCUUUCCAAAGUUACUGUGCCAAAUAAUCAGUCUGUAACUGUCGGUAUCAAGAAAUCCACCACUGCUGAAGAUGUUUUAACUUACGUGUGCAAUAGACGUCAACUUAAUCCACGGGAUCAUUACGUACGUGUGAGAUUGCAAGGUGCUCCAGAGGGAAGUUACCAAUACCCUAACUCAACAGAAAAUAUUAAGAAAUUGAAGUGUGAGCUGGUAGAAGUAUGUCAGAAGCAUAUAUAUCAGGUUGAGCUGUGUAAAGGGGAUGAGUAUAAGGAUUACGGUCUCAAGAUCGAGGCAGAACUUGCUGAGGACUGUGAUAGAGAUGAUGAUCUCAGAAUAUAUGUCGCCAAUGUCAGACCAGACAGUCUCGCUGAUAGAAAAGGUUUAAAGGCGAGUGAUGAGAUAGUGAUCAUUAACAGCAAGGUUGUGUCCGAGUUAGACAUGGUUUAUGUGGAAUCCCUUCUGACAGAGUCAGACACCAUUUAUUUAACUGUGAGAUCACUGUAUGCACCUUCCGGGAAUGUUACCGUAGAAACACCCGAGUCAUGCCCACCUCCACCUAGUCAGUCACGCAUCAGUGACAACAGUAUAGAUAAUCUCAAAAUUCCACCACCAUCAUCUGGUUCCAGUUCAGUAAAUACAAGUUGCCAUAGUUCUCCACAUACACACGUCCCGAAACCUAAACUGUCCACAGACCAGGUGGAUGCCCUGUUACAGGGAGCAGACCAGGUUACAGCUAUUUGUAGGGAAAGUAAUGAUGAAGGGAUAAGUGUUAACCGUCAGUUGUCUGAGGUGGAGAGACUACGAAAGGUUAUCAUGGAAUUGGUAGAUACAGAAAAAGCAUACGUUAAGGACCUUAAUUGUCUGCUGGAAAGAUAUCUUGAACCUCUAAAAGAGGAGAUGUUUCUUACCUCAGAUGAGAUAGACAAUAUAUUUGGUAACAUUCAGGAGAUAGCGUUGUUCCAGAGGCAAUUUCUCCACAGUCUAGAAGAGGCCAUACAGUUAGAUAGUCCGUUCUUCCAUGGUACUGAUAUUAAACAUUAUAGGAGGGUGUUGUUUUCACUUGGAGGCUCAUUUUUAUUCUACGCCAAUCAUUUCAAAGUUUACAGCUCAUUUUGUGCCAGUCACUCAAGAUCUCAGAAAAUACUUAAUCCAGAUACGAUAAACGAGAAAUUGAAAGAAUUUCUUAUAGCACGAAAUCCAAAGCAUCAACACUCUUCGACGCUAGACUCAUACCUGAUCAAACCAAUACAGAGAAUACUCAAAUAUCCGUUACUUCUACAACAGCUGUGUAAUCUCACUGACCCAGAUACUGAUGAGCAUCAUCAUCUGUCAGAGGCCAGAAAAGGAAUGGAAGCAGUGGCUGAACAUAUCAAUGAAAUGCAGAAAAUUUAUGAAGAAUAUGGUGCAAUAUUUGAUGAGCUUUCAAAAAUGUUUAAGGACUUGUAUCCAGUUAAAAAGCCUGUUGACUUGAGUGUUGGUGAGUUGCAAAUGUACGGAACUGUCGAGUGGUGUAAUGUCUCCGACAGUCUCGGGAAAAUCAAGAAGGGGACAGAACUAGAGAGUACAGUGUUUGUUUUCAAGACUGGGGUUGUCUUUCUUUGUAGAGAAAGAUUAAAAAGAAAAAAAACACGAGGGGGAACCGGCUCUGGGAAAGGAUUAUUCAGUGAAAGUUAUGAGACAAUAGAAAGAUUUAGGACGCUGAUACCUGUACAAGAUGUCCAGGUGAAGUUAGGACAAGUUAGUGAUAUAGAUGAUCAUUAUUGGUGGGAACUGGUUCAUUCAAGAUCAGACUCCGAGGGCAGGCCCGAACGUGUCUACCAGUUCUGUAAUAGUACAAAUGAGGCUAAAACAGACUUUAUGAGAAUUAUUAGACAAACUAUUAGAGACAGUGUUCGUAAAAUGACUCUACCAUCUAAUUCUCAGAGUAGUUUGAAAAGUAAAUAUAUUCCAUGUGGUGGUAAACGCCUUGAAGCUUUGUCAUCUAACCCUCGUAGUACACUCAGCAAGAAACGGAACUCUUCAAACAGUAAAGUGCUAGAUGAAAGACAUUCCAUGGAAUUAGAUGGAAAAAUCAGCGUUGAUGAAGACGGUGUAUUCCGAACAAGGAGUAAAACAGUUGGCGAUUUGAAUGAAGUAAGUUUCGAAGAUCACGACGAUGAAACGUGUGUAGCUGCUUCAGAUCUUCAGAUAGCUCAAAAUGGCACAAAUAGUGAAACUUCCUCUUGUUCAAAUCUAAGCGUCUCUAGUCAUUCUGGUUCCUCUGCAAAAUUGACAUUCGCCAGUGCAAAUCCUUUGAAAUACUGUAGUGCCCAGACAAAGUCCCCUCCUACCAGCUCCCCUAUUUGGAAACCCAGAAAUGAGGCAAAUGUUGUUAUGCAACAAGAAUUUCUUGCUGCAAAACUAGGGAAAGACAAACUAGAUUAUCAGAAAGUGACGUUAUCUGGUGCAGAUAGUAAAGAUAGUCCUUUGAAAGAUACAGAAUGCUGAUUGUUACGCCCUUUGAAAAAGAGGGUAUAUUGUUUUGCUCUUGUCUGUCAGUUUGUCUAUCUUCAGUCAGUAUAUACUUCAGUAUCUGAUCAAUAACUAGAGGAAGUUUGACUUAAAAAAAUUAGUCAAAUUUUAUAUAAGGAAUUGUGAAAUCAUGUAAUGUUGCAGACCAUCUCAACAAAUUCUAGAAACGGACAUGAUUUUUCAUGGGCAAGUAGGAUAAAGGUUGAUGUCACAGUGACCUUGAAGUGAAGUAAAACUUCUUUCCAAUCAAUAAUUAAAGAACAUUUGAGUUUACAGUGGUCAGACUUCAUAGACUGAUUGCAUGUGGUCACUAGGUGACCUCUAUUGCUUUCUGGGUCAUUAAGUCAAAGUUCUAGGUCUCUCUGACCUUGAGACAUAAAACUGUUACUGAUGAACAACAGGAGAAACCUUUAGCUAAGAAUUGUCAGUUUUUUAGAAUGUUUACUUGUGGUCAGUAGGUUUUGCAAAAAGGUCAAUGUCACUGUGAAAUAGAAGCAAAUAUGAAAGUAGGAAAAUGUUAGGAAAAAUGACCAUUAGACCAUGAAAAUUUGUAUCAUGCAUGUCAUUAGUCAGUAGAUGACCCCAAUGUUUUUUUGGGUCAUUAGGUCACAGCAUAUUUGAGACCCAACAGGGAAUCAUGGGGGCAUGUGUGUUUUAAAAAUGACUCCUAUUGUCUUUUCUUUUAUGAAAAUCAUUGUGUUGCAUAUGAUCAAGACAUAGUCACCAUCUGAUGUGUUAUAACUUAUUGUUUUCAUAACCCCACCAAGUAAGGUUUCAGGGGGACUUUAUUGGAAUCAUUUUGUCCAGUUCUGUUCACUUUUAAUUGUUUUCUUUGAACAUCUCUGGAAUUGAUACGUAUAUCAUUUUGAAACUUGAAAUGGCCUUUUAAGAUCAUAAGACAAACUGGCAUACCAGGUCUGUAACUCUAGACUUUCUUCUGACAAAAUUGUUUUCCUUUUUGCAAUGGAAAUGUCCAAAUAAUAUUUUCUUCAAUGUUUCUGAAAAGUGUGCAUGCAUCGUAUUAAAAAUUAAUAGGAAUAUUUUGGAUCAAAAUGUAAGUUUACACGUCAAGUUUUAUAACUCUACCCUUUAUUCUGGCAAAAUUAUUCCUCUUUUGGACUUGUUUUUUGAAAAUGUAUCUUUUUAUGCCCCCACUUUUGGGGGGGGGGGGGUGGGGUGGCAUAUAGAUUUGCCCUUGUCCGUCUAUUCUUCCUUCCAUCCAUCCGUCCUUCCGAGAAUGUUGUGUCGCGCCAAGCUCCAAAAGUAUUUGACCUAGAGUCACAAAACUUUACAGGAAUGUUGGUACAGCAUGACAUUGUGUAGUUGUGCACCUGGGGUUUCGCGUCCGGAUUCAUUCAGUCAUUUAGGAGUUAUGGCCAGUGACUUUGUAAAAAUUUGUCAUUUUAGUGUUGUGUCGCGCUUAGCUCCAAAAGUGUUUGACAUAGAGUCACAAAACUUUACAGGAAUGUUGGUCAGCAUGUGCAGUUGUGCACCUGGGGUUUUGCAUCUGGAUUCAUUCAGUCGUGUAGGAGUUAUGGCCCCCGACUUAGUUAAAAAUUGGUCUUUUUGAUGUUGUAUCAUGCCUAGCUCCAAAAGUAUUUAACCUAGAGUCACCAAAGUUUGCAGGAACGUUGGUCAGCAUGUGCAGUUGUGCACCUGGGGUUUUGCGUCCAGAUUCAUUCAGUCAUGUAGGAGUUAUGGCCCCUGACUUAGUUAAAAAUUUGUCAUUUUAAUGUUGUGUAGCGCGUAGCUCCAAAAGUGUUUGACCUAGAGUCACCAAAGUUUACAGGAAUGUUGGUCAGCAUGUGCAGAUGUGCACCUGGGGUUUCACGUCCAGAUUCAUUCAGUAUUGUAGGAGUUAUGGCUCCUGACCUAGGAAAAAAUUUGUGUCCUUUGUCAUGUAGUGGGGGCAUCUGUGUCCCAUGGACACAUUUCUAGUUUUGUUUUAUUUCUUUGGAACUUCACAUUCAUCCUAACUGAUUGUCUCCCUUUUCAUUCAUGCUUUUGUACAUUAAAGAUUUAAUGUAACUUGAAACAUUGAUAGAAGAGUAGAGCAUAAGAACCACAACUCUACCUUGAAUAGUUUUAAAAUUAUCUCCCUUUAUUUUCUUAUUUUAGAAGUCUACACAAAACCUUUGGCUUCACAAAAGAAUUCUUAUUUUCUCUGAAAAUCAGUUUUGUGGGGGGGGGGGGGGUAUUAAUCACUUGUAACGAUACCUCUAGUUAUUUUUACAUUUUGUAAAUACAAUCAUCCACUUUGUGCCAAACAUUUUAACAGUGAUUUCUACAUUUCUUCAAAAGAAUUGAGAAAAAUGUAACUAUUUUAUCAUAAGAUGCUUCACUGAUUUUGUCUAAACAUGUAGAAAAUAUUUAUUUAUGUCUUGUCAGACUGAAUGGUAAAAUCAUCGUAAUAAUUCUUGAUGUUCACAGUUAUUUCUUACGGGUAGAUUUCACUACAGUUUUGUACAUAUAUAGAUCCAUAUACCAUACAUUGACUAAGAAGAUAUAAAUGAUAGGUAACCCAUGCUUAUUUUUGAAAUAAUAAAGGUUGAAUAACACCACCAAAAUCUGCAUUUUGGAAUGGAUAAAACAGCCUUCAAUCUGUAUUACUGAUAUGUGGGUAGCUUACCUGAGGAGAAAGUUUAGGAUUUGCAUUUGUUUUCACUAGGGUAAAGGUCAAGGUCACUGUUGCUUAAAAUGGAAAAAAAGUUCCCAGCCUAUAAAUUAAGUUUUGAUUGUCAUAUUUUCACCAAAAACAGUAAUUAGUAAGAUUUUUGAAGACCUAGCUUGGGUUUGUAUUUGGGCCAUUGGGGGUCAAGAUGGCUUUUAGUUUUACUACAAAAAGAGAAAUGAAGGAUUUCUUCUGAAUGACACAGUAGCUUAUGAGGGUUUGGAUUGUAUUCCAGGUUGCUGAGGUUAAGGUCAACAGUUACUAAAAUCAGAAAUAUAGUUUUCUGCUAAUACAUUUAGUUUGGAAUGACCUGUUUCAGCCCAGCCUUGGUUGCAGGAGUUAAGUUUGAGGUCACUAAAAUAGGAAAACAGUUUCCUGCCAAUAACUUAAGUUCAUAUUGACCUACAUUGCCAUUAAACUUGAUGUAUAGCAACCUUAUCUCGGAGUUAUAUUUAGGGCAGCUAAGACAAAUGUCAAAUGUUGAAAACCUGAUUUUUUGGCAUUGUUGCGCUUCUUGUCGAAAUGUUUUCUUCAUAUAACUUGGUAAUCUUACUUUCAUUAGUAAAAAAUACAUGUUGAACUCUUGGGCGUUAUGACAAACUCCAUAUGCUUACGUCUGUUAUUCCAGUGACAAUCAUAAUUGUGUUUAUUACAUAAAGACUUACAUGUAUUUUCCUUAUUGCAAAAGUGUCCCCUUCUAAAUUCCAUGAAAGUGAAUCUCAUAACUUUAUAAGUUUUAUUUAGCAUGAUAUUAUGUUGUGGUAAACAACAGAAAAAUUAUUAAUUUUCGUUGCAAGUUCCGAUUUGUCAGAUAUUAAAACUUACAAAAAGGUAAAUGAAGGUUAGUGAGUUAGACCCAUUUAGGGUUCUUGUUUACAUGUUUGAUAUGAUGUUUAUAUAUAUGCUGUAUCUUACAGAGUGAUAUAGAUGAAUCUAUGGAGGAAUUUGUUUGACUUUAUGUGUGCUUAUUGUUAUGUACACAAUGUCAGGUAAUAUACAAUGUUAGGUUCAAAGACUUGUUCCUAACAACCCCAGUAAUCUAUCUGUCAUCUUUCAACAUCCAGCCCAUCAGUACUUUGAUAAAACUACUAUUUAUGUGAAAUAAAAAACUGUUUUGAUAUUUUGGAUACUGGAAGAAGGCUGACCUCGGAAUAUAUAGAUAACAAGGGAUAGCAAACCUUUUAAAUGGCAAAUUUCUUUCAGUAUAGUUACAUAUAGUAAGCUGGAUAGCAAUGACAUAGGGCUUGAAAUACCUUUUAGAAAGUUAGUUGAAGUUGUAGUUAUAUUUAGUGCUGGUGUAGUAAUGAUGACGGAGAAAUGUAGGGGAUACAGGAUGCAAGUCUUUGAACCAUGUGGGGUAAAACUGUAUGCUUGAGCAACAUUCUUCUCCCAGUUGCUUACAAACACCGUAUUAUGUUUCUUUCCUUGUUUUUAUAUUCUGCUCAGUGAAUUUUUCAGUUUAAUGCUCCUCAAAAUAUUUUAAGGGGGAACAUUUAGAAAUGCCUUUGUCUCUGUGUCUGUCCAUAUGUUGAUCUAGACGCCUCUCUUAGUUUGUGUCUUGCAUAUCUCAACAAGCACUUGACCUAGGGUCAUGUUAUUCAGCAUGUGAAAAUUGUGCAACUCUGGUUAUGUUUGGGAAUUCGCUAAGCUAGACCAGAGUUAUGUAUCUUGGUUCAGUAAUAAAUAUACAUAAAGAAUCUAAAAGGUUAUCUCUCACCUAUCUCAAAAAGUAUUUGACCUAAAGUCAUCAGACUGGAUUUACCCUCUCCUUGCCCCCCAGUUUUCUUGAUGCGCUGUACUUAAUCAAAAGAAAUUUUACAGUUUUCUUUAAUGUCAUUUUCAGUUGUUUAGAUUAAUUGAAACGAUGUAGGUUAAGACUGGUUUUAUCAACACAAUUUGUUAUGCUGAAAAAAAUGUUUGAAGAAGUGUAUCUAUAUUGAGAACAUGCAACAGUAAAACUGGCAGGAUGACAUUGUUACACUGAGUUUACUUUCCCUAAGGAACAUCUUUCCAGUUAAUAUAUAACCAAGUCUAUUUUCUCUAAAGAACAUCUUACCAGUAAAGGCCUAACUGAGCCUACUUUCUUUAAGGAACAUCUUAACAUCUUACCAGUAAAUGCAAAACUAAAUCAACUUUCUCUAGGGAACAUUUUGCCAGUCAAUGUAAAACUGAGUUUACUUUCUCUAAGGAACAUAUUUCCAGUUAAUGUAUAACCAAGUCUAUUUUCUUUAAAGAACAUCUUACCAGUAAAGGCCAAACUGAGUCUACUUUCUUUAAGGAACAUCUUAACAUCUUACCAGUAAAUGCAAAACUAAGUCUACUUUCUCUAAGGAACAUUUUGCCAGUCAAUGUAAAACUGAGUUUACUUUCUCCAAGGAACAUCUUGCCAGUCAAUGCCAAACUGAGUCUACUUUUUUGAAGGAACAUCUUGAUAUCUUACCAGUAAAUGCAAAACUAAGUCUACUUUCUCUUAGGAACAUUUUGCCAGUCAAUGUAAAACUGAGUUUACUUUCUCUAAGGAACAUCUUGCCAGUCAAUGUAAAACUGAGUUUACUUUCUCUAAGGAACAUCUUUCCAGUUAAUGUAUAACCAAGUCUAUUUUCUCUAAAGAACAUCUUACCAGUAAAGGCCAAACUGAGUCUACUUUCUUUAAGGAACAUCUUAUCAUCUUACCAGUAAAUGCAAAACUAAGUCUACUUUCUCUAAGGAACAUUUUGCCAUUCAAUGUAAAACUGAGUUUACUUUCUCUAAGGAACAUCUUGCCAGUCAAUGUAAAACUGAGUUUACUUUCUCGAAGGAACAUCUUUCUAGUUAAUGUAUAACCAAGUCUAUUUUCUCUAAAGAACAUCUUACCAGUAAAGGCCAAACUGAGUCUACUUUCUUUAAAGAACAUCUAAACAUCUUACCAGUAAAUGCAAAACUAAGUCUACUUUCUCUAAGGAACAUUUUGCCAAUCAAUAUAAAACUGAGUUUACUUUCUCUAAGGAACAUCUUUCCAGUUAAUGUAUAACCAAGUCUAUUUUCUCUAAAAAACAUCUUACCAGUAAAGGCCAAACUAAGUCUACUUUCUUUAAGGAACAUCUUACCAGUAAAUGCAAAACUAAAUCAACUUUCUCUAGGGAACAUUUUGCCAGUCAAUGUAAAACUGAGUUUACUUUCUCUAAGGAACAUCUUUUCAGUUAAUGUAUAACCAAGUCUAUUUUCUCUAAAGAACAUCUUACCAGUAAAGGCCAAACUAAGUCUACUUUCUUUAAGGAACAUCUUAACAUCUUACCAGUAAAUGCAAAACUAAAUCAACUUUCUCUAAGGAACAUCUUGCCAGUCAAUGUAAAACUGAGUUUACUUUCUCUAAGGAACAUCUUUCCAGUUAAUGUAUAACCAAGUCUAUUUUCCCUAAAGAACAUCUUACCAGUAAAGGCCUAACUGAGUCUACUUUCUUUAAAGAACAUCUAAACAUCUUACCAGUAAAUGCAAAACUAAGUCUACUUUCUCUAAGGAACAUUUUGCCAAUCAAUAUAAAACUGAGUUUACUUUCUCUAAGGAACAUCUUUCCAGUUAAUGUAUAACCAAGUCUAUUUUCUCUAAAGAACAUCUUACCAGUAAAGGCCAAACUAAGUCUACUUUCUUUAAGGAACAUCUUAACAUCUUACCAGUAAAUGCAAAACUAAGUCUAUUUUCUCUAAGGAACAUUUUGCCUUUCAAUGUAAAACUGAGUUUACUUCCUCUAAGGAACAUCUUGCCAGUCAAUGUAAAACUGAGUUUACUUUCUCUAAGGAACAUCUUUCCAGUUAAUUUAAAAAUAAUUCUACUUUCUAAAUAAGGAACAUCUUGCCAGUAAAUGUAAAACUUACCAGUAAAUGUAAAACUGAGUGUACUUUUUUUAAGGAAUAUCUUGCCAGUAAAUGUAUGUAAAACUUUCCAGUAAAUGUAAAACUGAGUCUACCUUCUCUAAGGAACAUCUUUCCAGUCAAUGUAUAACUGAGUAUACUUUCUCUAUAUUUUUCCCAAUAAAUGUAAAAAUGAGUUUAAAAUUGACUCUUCUUUCUCUAAGGAACAUCUUACCAGUAAUAUAUAACUCAGUCUUUUUUCUCUAAGGAAUAUCUUGCCAGUAAAUGUAAAACUAAGUCUACUUUCUCUAAGGAACAUUAUACUUGUAAAUGUACUAUUGAGUUUGCUUACAGUUUUUAUAUAUUUUAGUUUUCAAAACAUACUGCUAUAUAUCACCUGGACUCUUCCCUUUUUAGCUCACCUGUCACAUAGUGACAAGGUGAGCUUUUGUGAUCACGCAGCGUCUGUCAUCCAUUCGUGCGUUCGUCCGUUCGUCCGUAAACUUUUGCUUGUGACCACUCUAGAAGUCACAUUUUUCGUGGGAUUUUUACGAAAAUUGGUCAGAAUGUUCAUCUUGAUGAUAUCUAGGUCAAGUUCGAAACUGGGUCACAUGCUUUCAAAAACUAGGUCAGUAGGUCUAAAAAUAGAAAAACCUUGUGACCUCUCUAGAGGCCAUAUAUUUCACAAGAUCUUCAUGAAAAUUGGUCAGAAUGUUCACCUUGAUGAUAUCUAGGUCAAGUUUGAAACUGGGUCACGUGCCAUCAAAAACUAGGUCAGUAGGUCUAAAAAUAGAAAAACCUUGUGACCUCUCUAGAGGCCAUAUAUUUCAAAGAUCUUCAUGAAAAUUGGUCAGAACGUUCAACUUGAUGAUAUUUAGGUCAGGUUCGAAAGUGGGUCACGUGCCUUCAAAAACUAGGUCAGUAGGUCAAAUAAUAGAAAAACCUUGUGACCUCUCUAAAGGCCAUAUUUUUCAUGGGAUCUGUAUGAAAGUUGGUCUGAAUGUUCAUCUUGAUGAUAUCUAGGUCAAGUUCGAAACUGGGUCACGUGCAGUCAAAAACUAGGUCAUUAGGUCUAAAAAUAGAAAAACCUUGUGACCUCUCUAGAGGCCAUAUAUUUCAUGAGAUCUUCAUGAAAAUUGGUCAGAAUGUUCACCUUGAUGAUAUCUAGGUCAGGUUCGAAAGUGGGUAACGUGCCUUCAAAAACUAGGUCAGUAGGUCAAAUAAUAGAAAAACCUUGUGACCUCUCUAGAGGCUAUAUUUUUCAUGGGAUCUGUAUGAAAUUGGUCUGAAUGUUCAUCUUGAUGAUAUCUAGGUCAAGUUCGAAAGUGGCUCACGUGCCAUCAAAAACUAGGUCAGUAGGUCUAAAAAUAGAAAAACAUUGUGACAUCUCUAGAGGCCAUAUUUGUGAAUGGAUCUUCAUGAAAAUUGGUCAGAAUGUUCAUCUUGAUGAUAUCUAGGUCAAGUUCAAAAGCGGGUCACGUGCCUUCAAAAAGUAGGUCAUGAGGUCAAAUAAUGAAAAAACGUUGUGACCUCUCUAGAGGCCAUAUUUUUCAUGGGAUCUGUAUGAAAGUUGGUCUGAAUGUUUAUCAACUGGGUCAUGUGGGAAGAGGUGAGCAAUUCAGGACCACCAUGGUCCUCUUGUUCUUUUUUUUUGGGGAAAUGUGAUUUUAGUUUUUUAUCAUCUGUUUAUUUAACUAAAUCCUUGUAGAACAGUUUCCUGGUUGGAGCAUAUAUUAGUACCAGCUAUUUAUGAUAAAAGGAGGGAGUGAUUGAUCUCCCCUAUGUGUAUCAUAUGUGCCAUAUUUUCAGAGUCCUAGGAACAGUUUAAAGAUUGUCCAGCCAUCCAAGUCAUGGACAGUCUGUCACAGAAUUAACCUUUUUACUUGCAUCAAGUAUUAUUGUAUAUUUGCAAUAUGGAACAUGGCUGUGCCCUAAAAUAUCAUAUGGUGUUGUAUUUCAACAAUUUAGCUAUUUCAUAAUUUUAUUAGAAAGUAUCAGUAUCUCUAAAAGCAAAUGCUGUGUCAAGACAGAGCCACAGGUCUCCAUUUUUGUAAUAUUUUAUGCAUUUAAUAGCCUUUCAUUCUGGGGCUUUGAUUUUUAUGUCUGUUGAGUUUCUGUUUUUUAUUCCAUUUAAUGUCAAUCUGCAAUUCUUGAUUGUAUGUUUUGUUCCAUUUUGGUACAACACAAGCACUUUGGACUUAUUUUGACUGUAUGUAUCAAAUGUAAUGAUCAUGAUUGUUGUUGUUUUUUUCACUGAACAUGAAAACUUUUUAUUGCACAAAAUAGGAAGAUUCUAAGUCUAUAUUGUAUGCCUGAUAAUACCUGAUAAAACAAAGAGCUCAGUUAAUCUUUUGGUCCAAAUUGAAGUGCAGAGACCGGAUACCCUUGUUUCAUAGUUUUAAUAUUGUAUACAAUUAAAUGCAUAUUUAAAUUUCGUCAUUUUUAUUAUUAGUAUUACAGUUGAAUUUAGUUCAUGGAAUUGUUAUGACUCAGAUUUUUUUUUAUAUCAAAACUGAAAGAAAACUAAUAUAAUGUCCUAUUGUAUAACAGAUUUUCAUACAUAUUCCACAAAUCAUACAUUGUUAGAAUUCACAGGAAGUGUUACUGUAAUGUACUUGCAAUUUUUUGCAAUAAAUUGCAACUUUAUAAUAGUAUGUAAAUGCUUUUGUACACAUCUUUGCAUGGAUUUAGAUCUGAAAAUGCAUUUACUAUAUGGCAUUUUGCUGCAUGUCAUUGUAUAGAACUACUUAUAAAUGUUUUUCACUUUCUUGACUUUUUGUACAGAAUAUACAUGGUACAAACUA